AUGGUCGAUAUUCAAGCAGGAGUCAGGCGGAUUUUCCGCAAAUGGACUACUAGAGAUGGUCUCUUGGGAGACUACGACUACGGCUACUUGUUCACGCCCGAUAUUCCCUUCAUCACCAAAGAGCCCAAAGUGCAGCCUUUCUUUGGGUUGGACUCCGAUAUGCCCAUCUUGUUGGGGGCAAUCUUGGGCUUGCAGCACGCGUUGGCGAUGGUGGGUGGAUUGGUUGCGCCCCCAAUCUUGAUAAGUGCUGCUGCCAACUUGGGCGCUGAAACCCAGCAAUACCUUGUCUCCACCGUGUUGAUUGUCUCCGGGAUCUUGUCGUGCAUCCAAAUCACCAGGUUCCACAUUUGGAAAACGCCUUACUAUCUCGGGACGGGCUUGUUGUCGGUGUGCGGGCCCUCGUUUGCCACGUUGGCCGUCACUGGAAACGCCUUCCCCAUGAUGUACGAUAGCGGUGUUUGCCCCAUGGGCCCCGAUGGCGAGAAGUUGCCCUGUCCCGACGGCUACGGUAAGAUCUUGGCUAGUGCCAUUGUGUGUGGGUUAUUGGAAAUCUUGUUGUCGUUCAUGCCUGCGAAAGCGUUGCAAAAAAUUUUCCCUCCAUUGGUCACGGGACCGGUUGUCACGUUGAUCGGAGUGCAUUUGGUUGAAACCGGGUUCCAGGACUGGGUUGGUGGCUCUGGCUGCUACGGUGCCACUUGUACCAUGGGGAAUUUCUCCAAACCAUGGGGCUCGGCCAAUUUCAUUGGAUUGGGCUUUUUGGUUUACGUCACCAUUAUCCUUGCUGAAAAAUUCGGUUCGCCUAUUAUGAAGAGUUGUGCCGUUAUUGUCGGUUUAUUGGUUGGUUGUAUCGUUGCUGCCGCAUGUGGCUACUUUGACAGCGAAACCGUCUCGGCAGCCAAGUCUGUUAGUUUCAUCUGGGUGGAAACCUUCAAAUUGGAAGUUUACGGUCCCGUCAUCUUGCCCUUCCUUGCCGUGUAUGUGGUGUUGAUGAUGGAAGCCAUUGGUGACAUCACCGCCACCUCCGACGUCUCCCGUUUGGAAGUUGAAGGUGAAGUCUACGACUCGCGUAUCCAAGGUGGUGUGUUGGCCGAUGGUCUCAAUGGUAUCCUUGCCGGUUUGAUGACCGUUACCCCCAUGUCGGUGUUUGCGCAAAACAACGGUGUUAUUGCCAUUACCAAAUGUGCCAACAGAGCUGCCGGUUACUGGGCUGCCUUCUUUUUGAUUGUGAUGGGCAUUUUCGCCAAGUUUGCCGCUGCCAUCGUCUCGAUCCCCAAACCGGUUCUCGGGGGGAUGACCUCCUUCUUGUUCUGUUCCGUGGCCAUUUCCGGAAUCAAGAUUAUCUCCGGUACCGAGUUCACGAGAAGAGACAGAUUUAUCUUGACGGCCUCGGUCUUGCCGGGUUUGGGCUCAACGUUGGUGCCCACUUGGUUCAGCCACGUUUUCACCUACACGGGCGACAACCACGCCUUGACGGGUUUCUUCAACGCCAUUGUCUUGGUCAUGCAGUCCGGAUUCGCCGUCACUGGUAUCGUGGGGGUCAUUUUGAACUUGCUCUUGCCGCAAGUCCAUGACGACGUUGAAGAAGUGGACGAGUUGGUUUUGGAAACCGUGGGCUCGGCCGAUGAACAUGCAAGAGAAGAGUAUGCUAGAAAGGAGGGUAUCACUUUGGAGCAGAUGAAGAGCGGUGUAAGCCACAAGAUCAACACAAAGAGCACGGAUGGCAUUCCUGACUCAGCUUAA